CAAAAUGAAUGGAGCGAAAAAUAUGCCAUCGACUUUAGGUUGGGUUUGGUAGUUAGGUGGCGGUCUUGUUUACUUACUUGUAAUACAAUUAAUUAAUUAAUUAAAACCAAAUGUUAAGUUAAAGAUAUAUAAUGGUUUGCUUCAGCACAACAGCUGUUCCUCCUGCACUCAACUCUAAUUAACGGGGUCAGGCAUCAGAGAUGUUUAAGAGACUCACAUUUCUCUUGUUAGUUGGGUUGCUGGCAUGGGCAUAUCAGGCCAUCCAACCACCCCCUCCAAAACUUUGUGGCUCCCCCGGCGGCCCACUCGUCACGGCAUCUAGAAUAAAGCUGAGGGAUGGAAGAUAUUUGGCCUACAAGGAAUAUGGUGUUCCAAAAGAAGUGGCCAGAUAUAAGAUUAUUUAUGUUCAUGCCUUUGGUUCUACCAGACAUGAUGCACUGAUUGCAACAACCGUCCCUCAGGAAGUGCUUGAAGAUUUAGGGUUGCACAUUGUUUCUUUUGACAGACCGGGAUAUGGUGAAAGUGAUCCGGAUCCUAAGCGAACGCGGAAGAGUUUGGCUUUAGAUAUAGAAGAGCUUGGUGACCAGCUGGGACUGGGAUCCAAAUUUUAUGUAAUUGGAUAUUCUAUGGGUGGACAGGUCAUCUGGAAGUGUCUUCAGUACAUCCCUCACAGGCUAGCAGGAGCAACACUGAUUGCUCCUGUUGUCAACUACUGGUGGCCAGGCUUGCCUGCCAACUUGUCCGGUGCCUAUUAUAAACAACCUCCGCGGGAUCAAUGGGCACUUCGAGUUGCUCACCACAUACCAUGGCUAAUCCACUGGUGGAACACUCAGAAACUAUUUCCUACAUCCAGUGUUGUAUCCAGUAGUAACCCAAAUAUGAACAUUUUUUCUCGCCAAGAUUUGGAAAUCAUACGGAAUGCGAACGUUUCUGAAAGAGACAACAAGGUACAGGCCAAGCAGCAAGGAGAAUAUGAGUCAGUCCUUCGUGACAUGAUGGUUGGAUUUGGGACCUGGGAAUUUGAUCCUCUAGAUCUGAAGAACCCUUUUGCCAGUAAGGAAGGCUCCGUCCAUCUAUGGCAGGGUGAUGAAGAUCGGCUUGUCCCAGUCGAACUGCAACGCUAUAUUGCAGAAAAGCUUCCAUGGAUUCACUACCAUGAGUUACCAGGUGCUGGACACUUGUUUCCAGCUGCAGAUGGUAUCAGUGAAGCUAUCUUAAAGGCACUUCUGAUUGAAGAGAAGUAGCCCAUUGUUGAUACAGGGCUGCUCUUUUCCCUUUUUUGGUCCUUUGUAUCAGACUCAGAUUUCUGUCAUUGUUUAACAUUUUGUUUCAGCAAGAUAGAUUUUGUAAGGUAUUGGGCGAAACUGGCUUAAAAUUUUCAUAUAGAUUAAAUAUUGGAAAGGAAUGAGACUUUUUGAAAA